GUCUCGACAGAUGUGUUAGAUCUUUGCGCAGUCACGAUGUGGCUAAUUCAUCUUCUGGUCGUCACAAAUGCUAAUGGCCAUGAGAUAUGCGACGAAGUGUGCAAGGCACAAAAAAGGAUCGAGCUACUCUCACCCGUUGUAACAGAGUGCGUCUGUUCAACGGGGGUGGACUGGGCCCUGGUCAAUCGAUGGUUCAACGACCUCGAGUUCUUUAACGACUCGUGCUUCAUGUGCUUCGUAAGGUGUGUGCAAAUAAAAACGAAUCUGAUUAAACCCGACGGAACCUUAAAUAUCGACAAGAUAGUGACGUUAAACCCUGAUGUCGAUCGCAAUGCUCUCCUUGAUUGCUCGACUUCCGCCGAGCGAAUUUUAGAUGUUUGUAAGAAGUCGUAUCAAUUGGGAAUUUGCACGUUGGAGGUUGUUUUUUCGCAUUAUUAGUUUGUUAAUGAUUGUAGUAAAAUAAACAUCUUUAACCGUU